GGGGCUUGUUUUCCUAACACUCGGGGUUUGUGACAGUUUUCUGCUUGUAAAGACGGGUUUUACACGAUGGUUAACCGUGUGUACCGUCUAUCUUCAACCAAAGAAGGUUUUGCAAAAGAAUGCAACAAGUUACGCACGAUGUUUUCAAAGCUGUGCUAUCCCAAAACAUUGGUCGAUUCCACUACAAAUACGUUAAGCCAGGAACCAGAUAAAGAAAUACACACCGUGCCUUCAGUAGACCCAUCUGUUUACAUAGUAUUGCCCUUUAAAGAUCAGCUAUCAGCUGAUCGCGUACGCAAAGAUAUCUAUUCUCUGGGAGCCAAGAUCGAUGUUAACGUAGAACUCGUCUUUACAUGUAUACUUAUUUCAAUGUGAUUUGUUUGAACCAGCGAGCGGGGUAAUAAGAAUUCCGCAACACUUUGUUGUUGUGGUA